UGACCAGCCACUGAAUAUUCAAUGAAAAGCAAUGGGACUUCUCGGUUUACGACAGAGUGUGGGAACGGUGGGUAAGAUGGCGGCGCUGAAGGAGGAGCAGUGCUACGGACUGUCCUGUGGAAGAGUGAGCAACGGCAGUAAUGUCACCGUCUUUCACGUUAAACUCACUGACAGCGCGCUGAGGGCGCUUGAAGGCUUUCAGAGCAGCAAGGUCCUGUCACAACAGCCAUUGAUCAGAUUUAAUGGAAACCAAGGGAAGAUUUCAAUUCCACGGUCAGAAACUUCCAGCGAGCUGCAAACAUUUACUUUCGACCUGUCGAAUGUGGGCAGAGACAACCCCCAGGGCAGCUUCGACUGCAUCCAGCAGUACAUCACCAGUGAAGGGGGCAUUCAGCUGGACUGUCUGGGCAGCAUCCAGGACAAGAUCACAGUGCGAGCCACCGACGACUCCUACCAGAAGGCCAGAGAGAGCAUGGCCCAGGCUGAGGAGACGACUCGCAGCAGGAGUGCCAUCGUCAUCAAGCCGGGGGGGAGAUACGUAGGUAAGAAAGUCCAGAUCCGGAAACCGGCACCUGGGCUUUCAGACGUGGCCCCGUCACGGAGGACGUCUCGGCCCGUCCUCAUCUCCAGCAGCACGCAGAAGAAAGCCACGACUCAGCACCGGCCUCUCCGUGAGCGCCUCGUACACCUGCUGGCCCUGAAGCCUUACAAAAAGCCUGAACUGAUUUUGAGGUUGCAGAAGGACGGCCUGUCACAGCUCGACAAAGAAUCCCUGGACAGCCACCUGCAACAGGUUGCCAAUUUGAAUGGGAAAGAAAAUACCUUCACAUUGAAGGAUUUUAUGUACAAGGAAGUCCAGAAGGACUGGCCAGGAUACACGGAGGGAGACCAGCAGCUUCUCAAGAGAAUUUUGUUCAGAAAACAGGCCCAAACCAGCUCUGCACCCAUACCAGAGAGUCCUCCCAAAGAGCUGGGAUCCAGUUCUCCGUCUCAGAAACGGCCGACUGUUGACUUCAUCGACCCUCUUGCCAACAAAAAGCCCAGAAUAUCACACCUUGCCAGCAAGGCCGCAACAGUCCAAAUAAACGGCAAGCUCGGCUCUUCGUGCGGGCGAGGAGACUCCGGCGGCGCAGUGUCGACGUCCGAAAGCGGCAUGACGUCCGGCUCGCAGCCGCUCCCGGUGCUAGACAUCCCGCGUCCUUUCGAGGCUUUGUCGGACGUCAGCAACGACUCCAGUAACAACGGGCGGGACGGCGACUCUCAGGAAACGACGCUGUCCGAGAGGCUCAGUCAGCCGCCAUCGCUCCUGUCCGUGUCGACGGUGGCCUCAGCGCCCAGCAUAGGCACAUCGUCCUCCGGGCACACCGUGCUGGAGGGCCCGCGGGACAAUGGCCCUUUAGCGGUGAACAACAAAUCCAGAAAGAAGUCAAAAAAGCAUAAAGACAAGGAGAAAAGCAAGGACAAGGGGAAAGGGAGGGCGAAGGAGAAAAAGAUCUGUCAAGAGCCUGCGUCUGAGCCCAAAGCAGCAUGUGAGAUGAGCCUGACAAACUUCAAGAACAGUAUUGCGUUUAAAAGCACAGAUCUGAAUGGGAUGUGCAAAACUACCAGUAUUCCUUCAUCAUCACCUGAAGUGCCAGAUUAUUUAUUAAAGUACACAGUGAUCACCUCCCCGGAGCAGCGCCAAAGGUAUAAAAACGAUUUCAACGCCGAAUACAGCGAGUACCGGGGUCUGCACGCUCGAAUAGAGGGCAUCACCCGGCAGUUCACUGUGCUCGACAACGAGCUGAAGCAGCUUCUACAGGGCACAGACAAGUACAAGUCAAUCCACAAUCAGAUACUUCAAGAGUAUCAUAAGAUCAAAAAGACUAAUCCAAAUUAUAGCCAAGAGAAGAACCGCUGUGAACAUCUACACAAGAAACUGGCUCAUAUAAAGAAACUUAUCGCAGAGUACGAUCAUCAGCAACUUUAAACGUAGUCACUAGAGUCCGUUUCCCUGUUAUCCCUGGAAACCGGGCAGAUAAAGGGAAAACUUUGGAUUCCUCUUCCACUAAAAAGAAAUGUCACAAAAGGACAAAUCCCAUGUGUUGGGGUGAGGCAGGACACAUGAUCUCUUUUUCCUAAACCUUUUCCUAUUGUUUUUUUUUUUUCUUAAGGAUGUGGGCCAGAUCUGAGCGUAGAAAAAAGUGGAUCUAUAAAUAUUGCUCUUCAGCAGCCUACCCUGCCUUUAAUGCGCAACAGAGUCUUGAGAGUUUAUUGUGAAAUAUUCCUACUUUCAUGGGAGAUUUUCCAAAUAAUUUUUCCUGCUUUUGAAACUGGAUGAAUUUGAACUCUGAGAUGAAAACUGCAGAUUGUACACCAAAAUUAGUUUUUGAACACUUAAAAAAAAAAAAAAAAAAAAGAAAUAGUGACUAGCUCAUGAGUUUUCUUCACAUAAUUGUAUUGCUCGCAAAGCUGAAUCUUUUUAGUUUCCUAUUUAUUUUUCGUCAUUUAACUUUGUUGGUGGGGGUGAAAUUAUUUUACACUCCUUUAAAAAGAAACAAAAUCAAAUCAGUGCUUAAAAAAAUGCUGUCUCUUUUUUUGUGUCCUCAGAUUAUGAUUGUCUGCCAGUAUUUUACUAUUCAGAAGCUGCCUUUCCCUUCUAAUUGUCAGUGUUGGCAAUAGUAUUCUUUCUCUUUGUAGAGAUGCAGAAAUUAGUAUUUGAAUCAAAAAAAAAACCCAAAAAAAAAACAGAAAUGCACAGAGUCGGACACUGGUUUUUGUGUUUGGCUUUUCU